AUGAGGAUGAAGAAAAAGAACAAGGGAAUGAGUUCUAACGCUUCUACAAAUGGUGUGGAGACUCGUGCUAGAUCAUCAAGUGAAACAUAUGUGUUUGGGAAGACAUUUGUGACUAAGAUGAAGUCCGUGAAGAAGAGACAAGUUCAAACUCAUGAAUCUGACUCAGAGGCUGAUGAAUACUGGCAAAAUCAUGAUAUUGUGUAUGUGUGUAACUACCUAAUAAUUAUGAAUUAUGCUCUGAGUUGUUUUGCCAAUAUUUUCCAAGGGGAGAUUGUUGGUCCUUUUUGGAUUGACUGUAUUAUGCAAAACAACAUGGAGUUUGCUCAAGCUGAUUAUAAUGCAGAACAAACACAUGUUGAACAAGAUGUUUUAACAUGUGGGUUGCAACAUAUGUUCUCUUGGAAACAGACAGCUGUUGGGAAUGCUGAGAUUACUUGGGCUGUGUUCCGAGAGAGAUUCCUGAGGAAGUACUUUCCAGAGGAUGUCAGAGGAAAGAAAGAGAUAGAGUUCUUGGAAUUGAAGCAGGGCAAUCGGUCGGUUACUGAAUAUGCUGCUAAGUUCACAGAGCUGUCGAAGUAUUACACUCCCUAUAACGAGGCUACUGGGGAUUUUUCGAAAUGUGUGAAGUUUGAGAACGGGUUGCGUCCCGAGAUCAAGCAGGCUAUUGGAUAUCAGCGGAUCAGAGUGUUUUCUGACUUGGUUGACUGUUGCAGGAUUUUUGAACAGGAUUCCAAAGCCAGAGCAGAGAGCUAUCAGCAAAGGGUUGAUAGGAAAGGCAAGAAUCAGAAUGAUCGUGGAAAACCGUAUGCAGCUGGCAAAGGUUUUCAGAGACAGAGUGGGAUGAAGAGGCCUAGUGGGGGAGACUCCAGUGCCCCUGCUAAGUGUUACAGAUGUGGUCAGGCUGGGCAUCGUAUCCAUGAAUGUACCAGUAAUGAGAAGAAGUGUUUCAAGUGUGGAAAAGGUGGUCAUUUGGCUGCAGACUGCCGGUUGAAGACUGUGACUUGUUUCAACUGUGGAGAGUUGGGUCAUAUUAGUCCACAGUGUCCUAAGCCGAAGAAGGAGAACCAGUCGGGAGGCAAGGUCUUUGCUUUAUCGGGUUCUGAGACUUCUGCAGAUGAUCGUUUGAUCCGAGGUAACGAGCAGUGAUUGAGUAGGAGCUAGUACUUGGAGUCUAGAGUAGUUCAUUAGGGGGUCAUGCUCUGAUAGAUGUAACAUCGGGAAGGGAUGUUUUGAAUGUUUUACUGUUGGUUAUGAACCAUUUUACAUGUAAUGUGUUACAUGUUUUGAUUGAUUUGAUUUAUAUCCGCUGCGAUUUAUGCGAAUGUUUAUUUGAUUAAAUAAAGAGCAUGACUGUUAUU